CCCAAACUUUUUAACAAUAAAAAACACAUGUAAUAAUUAUUAUUUUUGUUUUCUUUGCCAAAAUUAUAAAUAUUCAAACAAAUCCAUAAAUAACGCUAUUACCGUUUCAUAACUCGUUUCUAUCUCUUUUUUUCUUCUCUCUUUAUAGUUUCUUUCUUUGCUGUGUUUGUUGCGUUCAUUAAACAUGGGGAUUGAAACGGUGUCGUUUCCCCGCGUGGCGUCACGCACUUCCGUGUUAUUCGACGCGCCGGGGGAUUUUGAUGUUAGAAAGGAGGUUGACGAGGUUUGCAGUACGACGUCGUCUUCGUCGAUCGGAAGGAAUAGUGACGAUGACGUGUCGUCGGAGAGAUCAACCGUUGAGAACGAAAAUGAAGCGGAGAGUGCUUAUAAUGGUGGUGCUUUACACGACAUGGAAGCUUUGGAAGAGGUUCUUCCUAUUAGGAGAGGUAUUUCAAGCUUCUAUAAUGGCAAGUCCAAAUCCUUCACAAGCCUAGCUGAUGUUGUUACAACACCAUCUGUAAAAGACAUAGUGAAACCAGAGAAUGCAUACACAAGGAGACGCAGGAAUUUGAUGGCGUAUAACCAUGUUUGGGACAAGAACAAAAAUUACCCUUUGAGAAGCCAUGGUGGUGGAAUUUCAAAGAGAACAAUGAGCUUAAGUAGAAGUGCUUUAGCUCUUGCAGUUGCAAUGACCAAUUCUGAUAGCAGUUCUAGUAUUACAAGUGAUGAUUCAGCUUCUUCAACCUCAAAUUCUUCAUCACUUCCACCUCUUUAUCCGCGGAAUAGAGUGUCUUCUUUAGCAUCUCCUUUGCAAAGGAAUUUCUUUUCCUUGGCUGAUCUGCAUAAUUGUGCCAUUGCUGCAACAAUGAACAUGUCAAGUUCCUCAAUUGAAAAUGAAAAAGCCUAUCAUCCAUCAUAGUGUACAAAACCUUAUGAUAACUGAAAUACAGUGUUUAUUAACUUUUUUUAAAAUUCUCUUUUGGAUGAGUGAGUAUCUUGCUCUAGUUCUAUUUGUUUGAGCAAGAAAGAGGUUGUAGAAUAAAAUCAUAGCUUAGUUUUUCUUUUCUUCCGCAUAA